AAAUUUCAGUUUUAUAACGCCCAUUUCUCUCUCUCUUUAUCAGUUUCAGCUUCUCUGUCUUAACACAAAAGUACAAAAGCUAUAUCUUACAUUAACACCAACUUACCUCUCUCUAUCCCGCCGGAUUCCGGCGAUAUGUUUAUCGGAAACCCUUUCCCGGCCUUUUCUCCGGUCUCCCAGAAUCCAAGAUCCAGUGUCUCCGUUAUUAUUUCUGAGAAUAAAUCUGUUUGGAUUGCUGGAAAUCAAGUGGAGAGCUUUCUUGGAAAAUUUUGGUAAUUUGGUGGGUUGUUUUAGCUGGGAUUAUUGAUGUUGUUGUAUCUUUUUUGGUGAUUGGGUUUUCUCUAUACUUUUAAUUUUGUUUUUGGGGUGGGUUUUUGUUUUAGAAUCUAGAGGAAAAAUAGAUGUUCUUGGUUUAUCUAAUCUAGCUCAACAGUUGAUUGAGAGUUGUGGAGAUGAAGAUGUAUAGAAUUGAUUUAUUUGAUUGAUGGAAAAGAUAAACAGAUGGGUACUGAUUGUCUGCAAAGAUAGGAAUUUGUUUUCGGGAUAUUGGGAGCAUAAUCAACAACUGUUUCGUAGCUCUACUUGUUGAUUUGGUGUUUUUAUCUUUGGAUUAGUAAUACAUAGAAAGAACAAAGUACUUUUUAAGGUUAUAAUUCGAUGGAGGACGAGGAGGAAGUGAUGCGUCGUUUGAUAAUAAAUAGGAGAGGAGUAAAUAAUGGUCGGCUGCGUUUAGGAUCAAGUGAUUCACUUCUCCCUGGCCUUAUUGAUGAUGUUGCGUUGAAUUGUCUAGCUUGGGCAUGUCGAUCGGAUUAUGCUUCAUUAGCGUGUAUAAACAAGAGGUUUCAUAGGCUAAUAGAAAGUGGAUAUUUAUAUGGGCUAAGGAAGCAAUUGGGAAUCUCCGAGCAUUGGGUGUACUUAGUUUGUGACCCUAGAGGAUGGGAGGCAUUUGAUCCUGUGAGAAAGAAAUGGAUGGUUUUGCCGAAGAUACCUUGCGAUGACUGUUUUAAUCACGCAGAUAAAGAGUCCUUAGCUGUGGGUAGCGAACUGUUGGUUUUUGGGCGUGAGCUAUAUGGUUUUGCUAUUUGGAAGUAUAGUUUAAUUCGUCGUGGUUGGGUCAAGUGCGAAGGGAUGAAUCGUCCCCGAUGUCUUUUUGGAUCAGGUAGCUUUGGUGCUAUUUCUGUUGUUGCAGGAGGAAGCGAUAGUAGUGGGAAUGUAUUGAAUUCCGCAGAACUGUAUGAUUCUGUAACAGGUAGAUGGGAAAUGCUACCAAACAUGCAUUCACCUCGUAGAUUAUGCUCUGGGUUUUUUAUGGAUGGCAAAUUCUACGUGAUUGGAGGGAUGUCAAGUCCCACCGCCACCGUCUCAUUGACUUGUGGGGAGGAGUAUGAUUUUGAGACAAGGAAAUGGAGGACGAUAGAGGGGAUGUAUCCAAAUGUUAACAGACCUGCUCAGGCUCCUCCGCUUGUCGCAGUCGUGGACAAUCAGCUGUAUGCUGUUGAGUAUCUAACUAACAUGGUGAAGAAAUACAAUAAGGUGAAGAAUUCUUGGGAGGUGUUGGGGAGACUCCCCGUGAGGGCGGAUUCCUCAAAUGGUUGGGGUUUAGCUUUUAAGGCUUGUGGCGAGGAAAUUCUAGUUGUCGGGGGACAAAGGGGCCCAGAAGGUGAAGCUGUUGUGCUUAAUUCUUGGUGUCCAAAGUCCGGGGUCAAUAAUGGAACUUUGGAUUGGAAGGUUCUUGGUGUGAAGGACAAUGUUGGUGUGUUUGUUUUCAAUUGCGCGGUUAUGGGUUGUUGACGAUUCAUUUAGAUCGACUCAACGGAGGUUGCAGGUUACUGCAAUUUAACCUGCCCUUUUAGGGUUCUUCAUGAAAGUUUAUUCAAUUGACUUACUUUGUCACUGAGAUAGCACUUUUCCAUAUGAGAAUUUGGUUUCUUUUUUCUUUAACAUCCCUGUAUUUAAGUUUGCGUGUUUCGCUUCAAGGUUCUGCAUUUCAUUUGCUUUCUUUCAGAGAGUACUGAGUAGGAUCACUCUGGUAAAUGCUCUUUUCCUUUUUCUCAUCCUCAUGUUAAGUUAUAUUUCUGAUCACAGCUAAUAAAUUGAAAACCAUUGUUGUUUUA